GCUCAGAAUCAGAAAGAACCCGUGUUUGAACUCGCUUCCUGGCUGUUUGUGCAGAUGGCUAGUGGAGGUCCUGAAGCACCUGAAUCUCCCGAACAAUGUGCUGAAGCCCAGCCUGAAGAAGUCGCGGUGGUGAUGAGCCCUGAAAGCAAGGUGAUGCGGCACGCUCUGUUUGCGGAGCUAGGCAAUAUGGCCAUGCAACUCGUUUGCAUUUUGGAUGACAUGGACGACAAGUUUGAGGAUGACCCUUCUUUACUUGUGGAAAUGAACCUGAGCCGGGAAGAAGUGAACCGCACCUUGCGAUUCCUGCGCAAAUUGUCAGACAAAGCUCGGGAUGCUCAAAGUGCCAUCUUGGACGAGUUGGUGGAAAACUUAGACCCUGGCCGAGCUCCUGAGCCCACUGCUGUGACACACAGCAACAUACAAGGAGAACGCGGUGUUGCGGGGGACGGCUGGAUGUGA